UAUUCUCCCCAAUCCCGAUGCACCCACCACGAUCAUGGACGCAUCCGACAUGAAGAAUUCUUUCACCUCCAAAGCACAGCUCUCCUCGAUCGGCCAGCUUUCCUUUCCCCUCCCGCUAGAUCUCCUCCCUGCUCGACCAAAGCCUUUCUUUUGCUUUUCCCCGUGCAUUGCUUUGCAAUAUGUUCAUGCUACCCACCCCCUCUUGCGUCCUCCUGCAACGCAAAGCUCCAAUCCUCACCUCCCAAGUUUCCUCUUAUUCCUUCUCCCUUUCUCUCCCUCCCCCGUUGUGGAAGAAACCAGUGAUUCGGCGUGCUUGCGUCAUGUUAUAUAUAUGCAGCGGACGCAGGGAAAGCAAGGCCCUACUUUACACCUCCUCGUCCAGUAGCUGUCGAUCGCCGCGGCCUUGUUUUGUUUGGAUUUUGGAGGGAGGGAGGGAGAGCAGAGCGAGGUUGAGACCGGGAGAGAUGGGUCUUAGGCCGUUGAAUCGCUUGGGCUUCCUUCUUGUUCUUGUUGUCUGCUGCGGUGGUGGAACAGAGCAGAGGAGAGCAGAAGCAGCCGAUGGGACGAGCAGUCACAGGAUGCUGACCACCGUCUCGGUGUCCAAGCCGUCCUACCCCACGGUCACCACGCCCAUGUCCGCCUACGUCGACCCGAGAACGGCGCCGGGAAGACCGCCGUCCACGUUCCCGUCGUUGGCAGCCGCGAACGGCGGCGGGGGUGGCGGGACUUGGUGCGUGGCGAGCCAGAGCGCGAACCCGACCUCGCUGCAGGUCGCGCUGGACUACGCCUGCGGCUACGGCGCGGACUGCUCGGCGAUCCAACCCGGUGGGAGCUGCUUCGAUCCUGACACCGUCCACGACCACGCGUCCUACGCCUUCAACAGCUACUACCAGAAGAACCCCAUCCCCACCAGCUGCGACUUCGGCGGCACCGCCACCCUCACCACCACUGAUCCCAGUUCAGGGUCGUGCAAAUACCAAGCGUCAAGCGGUGGCGCUCAAGGGCUGAACACGACUGCCCCGCCAUCCCCGACGACCCUGACGCCGACCGUCCCGAUGACCCCGACGCCGACCAUGCCGGACACUACCCCGACCACCGGAACUCCCGUCUACGGAUCCAUGGCUCCUCCCGACUACGGCUCAAUGUCCCCUCCCGACUCUGGGUCAACGUCGCCCCCGGACUAUAACGACGUCGGCGCCGCGGCGACGACGGGGCACGGCAGCGCGGCGCUGGCGUUCCUUUGCGUCCUAUUCGCGACGAUAUCCCUGCACAUCUCCAAAUGAGGGCGCACUCAUCUAAAGAUGGCAAUCCUGCGCAACAGUUUCAGUUCAGAAGUUACAUGGCGCGCCCCCGUACGUGGUGGCUGAACGACUCAAAGUUGCGUUGGACCAGGGACCUCCGUGCUGGCUGCCCGGCGCCCGGGAGACCAGAGCUGCAACCCUGUUUAGUGUUGUCAGAAGCGUGGCGAUGCAGCUUCUAGCAUCGCCCCAGUUCUAGCGGGAGCAUCAGAUGUUCAUAUCGGCGAUUCUACUAUGUACUUAGGAAUGUACGAUAAAUUCUCUUUCCUUACCCAAGGGCAUUUGCUCAUGAAUGCUGAAUAAUAACGUCAAUCGAAACAGAACCGACAG